CGGGGCGGGGAUGCCGCGUGGCCGGCUGCUCCGCGGGCGGGGGGCCACCUGCGCCGGAGGACCGGGGGCUCCCGCAGCGCCAGCUCCGAGGCCGGGGGCGGAGCGGACACCAUGAGCGUGGGCUUCAUCGGGGCCGGCCAGCUGGCCCUCGCCUUGGCCAAGGGCUUCACCGCGGCAGGCGUCCUGGCCGCCCACAAGAUCAUGGCCAGCUCCCCAGACAUGGACCUGGCCACGGUGUCUGCCCUCAGGAAACUGGGGGUGAGCCUGACGCCCCACAACACGGAGACGGUGCGGCACAGCGACGUGCUCUUCCUGGCGGUGAAGCCGCACAUCAUCCCCUUCAUCCUGGACGAGCUGGGCCCCCACAUGCAGAGCCGGCACCUCGUGGUGUCCUGCGCGGCCGGCGUCGCCAUCAGCAGCAUCGAGAAGAAGCUGCGGGCCUUCCAGCCGGCCCCCAAGGUGAUCCGCUGCAUGACCAACACGCCCGUGGUGGUGCGGGAGGGCGCCACGGUGUACGCCACGGGCACCCACGCCCACGGGGAGGACGGCCGGCUCCUGGAGCGGCUGCUGGGCAGCGUGGGCUUCUGCGCCGAGGUGGAGGAGGACCUGAUCGACGCCGUCACCGGGCUCAGCGGCAGCGGGCCCGCCUACGCAUUCACGGCCCUGGACGCCCUGGCCGACGGGGGCGUGAAGAUGGGGCUUCCCCGGCGCCUGGCCGUCCGCCUCGGGGCCCAGGCCCUGCUGGGUGCUGCCAAGAUGCUGCUGGACGCGGAGCAGCACCCGGGGCAGCUCAAGGACAACGUCUGCUCCCCGGGCGGCGCCACCAUCCACGCCCUGCACGUGCUGGAGCGCGGGGGCUUCCGCUCGCUGCUCAUCCAGGCCGUGGAGGCCUCCUGCAUCCGCACCCGGGAGCUGCAGUCCAUGGCCGACCAGGAGAAGGUCUCGCCCGCUGCCAUUAAGAAGACCGUCCUGGACAAGGUGAAGCUGGACCCCCCUCCGGAGGCCGCGCCGGCCCCUUCGGGCCACUCCACGCUGCUCCCCCGCAGCCUGGCCCCCGGGGGCAAGGAGGACUGAGGGCCCCCCUCUCCUGCGCCGGGCGGCCGCUCCAGGCCCCGGCCACACGGGGAGUCCUGUCUGCGUGGCUGGAGCGGGGUCGUAGCCAGGGAGGGGUCCCUCACUUCCCAGGGGGCUCACCUCCGGGGUCAGCUGUCCUGGGGCGUGCCCCUCCUAAGCACAGAGGCCCAGGUUCCCUGCCCUGCAGGCCCAGCCCAGGAGGGAGCCCCGUCCCACGCCUGCCAGUUCCACAGCCUCCAGGCGCAGGGACACCCCUCAGUGUCCGAGGGGACCCAAGGGUCCCGGCGUCCUGGCCUCAGGGGAGGGACCUGGGUGCUUGGCCAGCGGCCAGCUGCCCCUUGCUCCCGCUGGGCAUCUGAGAAAAGGGCUCCUCGGGCAGGUGGACAUCCAAGGUCCCUACAGCGCUCAGGCCUCUGCCUCCCACUCCUGACCUAGGUUCAAUAAGCUGGUUUCACCCUAGCUGGUGUGGGCAGAGGGUCCCAGGAUUGGAGGGUCCCAGGUUUGAUUCUGGUCAAGGGCACAUACUUGGAUAGGGGGCUUGACCCCUAGUAGGGGGCAUGCAGGAGG